UUGAUAAAGAUGAACUGAUUUAGUUUUAUUUCAAACCAGUAAGUAUUUAUUUCGCAGUACACCCCUGCAACAAAAUGGUACUGCCCACUCCCACAGAAACGCCGGGAUACCGGCUAAAGAAGAAACCUAUUAGAAGCAGGUGGAAUCUGUGUCAUACGAGACCUGAGCAACAAACGACUUAAGCAGUCUGGCAGAUCUCGGGGCAGUUUCAGAAAAACUGGACAAGCUACAUCUUUUAGAUUUGAAUGGACAAGACAGCCAGAAUUUUGCAGCCCAGCUAGUAAAAUCCAAUAAAAGUUCCAUAAUGCCUGUGAAGAAGAGGAAGCUGCCGGACUCGGAUGAUCAGAAGCACAAGUGUAAAAUUGCAAGUUUUACUCGACCACAGAUCCGCGGCGUGAAGCCAAUCAGCACCGAAGCCCUGUUUUCCAGUAAGAGAUGCUUGGCCUGGUUCCACAAUUACGCCGGCCCCGACAAGGUGUUUGGUCCUGAGGCCAUGGAGAGGUUUUGUGAGGACAUCGGCGUGGAACCAGAGAAUAUUAUCAUGUUAGUUUUAGCUUGGCAUCUAGAAGCAGCAAAUAUGGGAUACUUCACAAAAGACGAGUGGCUUCGAGGAAUGACUAUAUUACAAUGUGACUGCACAGACAGAUUACGAAGCAAACUGGAUUACCUGCGUAGUGAGCUCAACGAUCCUGUAGCCUUCAGAAGUAUUUACAGAUAUGCCUUUGACUUUUCCAGGGACAAGAAUCAGAGGAGUUUGGACAUGGACACUGCCAAAUCGAUGCUGGCUUUGCUGCUGGAGAGACGAUGGCCUCUUUUCCCCAUUUUCCAACAGUUCCUGGAGUCAAAGUACAAGGGGUUAAAUAAGGACCAGUGGUAUAAUGUUCUGGAGUUCAGCAAGACCAUCAACACAGACCUCAGUAACUACGAUGAAGACGGAGCGUGGCCGGUGCUGCUAGAUGAGUUUGUGGAAUGGCAGAAGACUCGGCCGGCGUCGUCGUGAACAGCCGAACUGAAAAACAGAGGGAGAAAGGGGAAAGCACAGCAGAGGGAUGUCCGUCUCUCAAACGCAUCCGUGUGAACAUGAACUGCAGAUCCAUUCCCGUAGAAGCUUCUCACAUCCUGUCCAAACUCGUGUGCAACGUUGCCGGAUGUCUCAAAUGCCUUUUCUCCAAUGUGAAAUAGUAUUAAUAUAAAAAAAAAAGACAGACAGUUCUUUAAUGCACCAGUUUGUGUAUUGUUUAUAAAUGUUUUCAUAGUGAUUAAAAGAGGGGAAAGUAC